CAGGCAGUAAUGAAUAUAGUAGUCACCAGCCCCGAUGGAAAUUUCUACAGUCUUGAAGUUUCUUCAGAUUUAGAACUGGAAAACCUGUUGGCCCUCGUGAGUGUUGAAUCCGGUAAACCUACCGAACACAUACAGCUAUCACUAAACGGUAUCCCGCUCCUCGACAAGAAGAAAACUUUAACUGAGUACAAUGUUAAAGACGGUGAUAUGAUGUUAAUGACCACAACUAGCAGCCGGCCACCCAGUAGUCAGCCACGUGCACCUAGCCAGCCUUCCCAGCAAACAGGGAAUAUGGGGUCUUUAUUUGGGGGAACUGGCAUCAACUGGGGUGCAAUCAAUGUACCAGGACAAGGUGCCAGUCCAGUAGCUAGACCUCCCCCGGUGGAUGAGUGUGAGAAGUUAAGGCUGGAGUUGCUGGGGGACCCCUACCAGCUCUCAAUACUAAAGGAGAGGGACCCUCAGUUCGCUGCUGCUAUCGACAAUAAGGAUCAGUUCAAAAAGGUGUUCAAUGAAAGACAGGAGCUGAUCAGGAAGAGAAAGAGAGAAGAGGAACUGCUUCUCAGUGGUAAUCCAAUGGACCCGGAGUACCAGAAGAAGAUAUAUGAGAUGUUACAAGGGAAGCAGAUAGAGGAGAAUCUAUCCACUGCUAUGGAGGAACAUCCUGAGAGCUUCGGACAGGUCAUAAUGCUGUACAUUGACUGUGAAGUAAAUGGACACAAAGUAAAAGCUUUUGUUGAUUCCGGAGCUCAGAUGACACUAAUUUCCGCUGCUUGUGCAGAAAGAGUGAGUGUUUCAAGACUGAUCGACAAGCGUUUCCAAGGUGUCGCUAAAGGAGUGGGCACUCAGAAGAUUUUGGGCAGGGUCCAUCUUCUUCCUCUUAAAAUCGGUAACGACCAUUUCCCUUGCACCUUUAGUGUGCUGGAGCAUCAGCCCAUGGACAUGUUACUGGGAUUAGACAUGCUUAAACGUCAUCAGUGUGUAAUAGACCUGAAAGAGAACUGUCUAAAGAUAGGUACAACUAGCACCACAGCCGCAUUCUUGUCUGAGAAAGAUAUCCCCAAAUCAACCGAGGAGAGUGAUCAGCAGCCCUCUGGUUCAUCCCAAGGUAGUAGUGCUGCAGGAGGUCCAACGGCUACAGUAACAGACGAAAACGUUUCCAAGCUAGUCGACAUGGGCUUCACUCCAGAACAGAGCCGUAAAGCUCUAGGACUAUGCGGAAAUAACGUGGAUUUAGCAGCUAGUUUAUUGUUUGAGAAGGGUGGACAGGUGUAGCACUGGGGGGUGCAAGUUUAAAUACUUUACUAUUUGUGGGGUGGUGGUGCGGUGAUUAUUGGCGUGGAGAAGAAGUGACUCCAUCCCAAACCUCAAGAUGGCAGUGUUCUAUGUUUAUAGUUUACCAAAAUGAUUUAGUAAGGCGUAAGCUGACUGCUUAACUGAUAUUAUGACUUAAUACGAGAAACGAUUUGUAUAAUUAUAUUGCAAGGCGCCUUUCCAAGUAAACGUUAUUUUCUAAUUUCAUAUGUUUUUAACGAGGAGUUGAUAGAUUGUAUUGAGUUUAAAUGAGAAUUGAACUGGUGGUAAACGAUUAAGUGUACUAUAUGUUGUCGGGGUAUUUGCAAUAAAUUUAUGUUAAUCGCAAAAGGCGGUGAUUCAAUAAACAAAUCCGUUUGAUAUGGAUUUGUUGUACAUUUUUCAGUUGAAAAAUUUGUUUUACUAGAUUUUACCCAUGAGUAGAAAGUUCCUUUUGGGCGAAGAAAGGUGUUUGUUAAUUUACAUGAAUUAUUAUAAUCGGUUUAUAUAACAUGUUGUAUUUAUAUGAAUUUAUUAGAUUUUGUUGAAUAUUUACCAUAAAAUGUCGUUUAAUUCUACAAAUGGUGUACAGUUAACAGUAGUAUAUAACCCCUUUAUACAGGGUAUCUCGAU